GAACCCGAGUCACACGAGCCUCAAUACCUUUGCUCGGAGAUACCGCACUCCAAGACUUCUCACGAAGGAACAAGAAACUUCCUUCGAGUUUACAACAAGGGAACAAACUCCCUUAAAGUGUAUGAAAACACUUAAACACUCAGGAAUGAAACUCUCACAAAGAGUAGAUAUGAGUGAACUAGACGGAUGAUCAAGUGGGCAAUGAUGCUCACCCAGUUCAAAAUCGAGUAUAAACCUCGAACCGCAAUCAAGGGCCAAGCACUGGCCGACUUCCUGGUGGAACUGACUGGUCUGGAGCCUGAAGCCGGACCUUCCCAUAUGGUAUCAAAGUUGGCUAAAAUUGAGAUAUUGGACCAACCGAGUACUGACCGGUUGGAGGUUGCAGCCGUACAACAAGCUCAGGGCUCAGCCACGGGAAUAAUUGAGGCAGAUGAUGAGUGGAGAUACGACCUCAUGGAGUACUUAAUGACUGGCCAGAAACCAGACGACGAAGAGCGGGCCAGGAAGGUGGUCAUACGGGCUCCCCGGUUUCAGGACAUGCCAAGUCUUUUACAAACAUCCAACAGACCGGCUACAUAUUACAAACCAACCUCUAAUGUCAUACCCUUUGCCCGGUUUGGGAUUGACAUUUUUAGGGCAUUCCCGGUUGCACAAGGCGGGAAGAAGUUCGUGAUGAUCGUCAUAGAUUACUUCACAAAGUGGAUAGAGGCUGAGGCGAUGGCUACCGUAACCGUGUGGCAGUGUGAAAAAUUCGUUUCGAAAAACAUUAUCACCCGGUUUGGGGCCCCAAAGAUGAUUGUCACCGACAACGGCCCACAUGUUCGCAACCCCCGGUUCAUUGCGUAUUUGGCUAGUUUUGGAAUCCAGCACAACAAGGCGUCAGUAGCAUACCCUCAAGGAAAUGGCCAAGUUGAAAAUGCUAACCGGACGAUAGUGGACGGGCUAAAGAAGAGGUUGGGAGAAGAAGGGCGCAAAUGGUUAGAAGCACUACCUCACACAAUCUGGGCACACAGGGUGACAUCAAGAAGAGGAACCGGGGAGACUCCUUUUGUGCUCACUUAUGGAUCUGAAGCCCGGUUACUAAUUGAGGCAGAGUUCCCAACGUUUAGAGAAACCGUGUAUCAGCCCGGUCAGAACGAGGCUGAUCACUUGGCGGAACUGAAUUUGGUGGAAGAGAGAAGAACGAUGGUAGUUGUCAAGAUGGCUGGUUAUCAGCAAUCAGUGAAAAGAUAUCAUGACAAUCGGGUAGGUCCACGUUACUUCCAGGUGCAUGAUGAAGUCCUGCGAAGAAGGGAUGCAGUAAGCCCAAUGAAAGAGGCAAGCUAGUGCGCAAUUGGGAAGGACCCUAUCGCAUAAGGGCAAUCAUCCGACCGGGCACUUAUCAACUAGAAACCAUGGAAGGUGGACGAGUCGACCGACAUUGGAACUCUCACCACUUGCGUAAAUUUUUUAGAUAAAGUGUAAUGAGUUCCCGGUCAUGAAUAAAACUUUGUUCUUUUC